GUGUGACUUUGAUGUGCCUGCCUGAUGAGAGCAAACUAGACCGCUUCUCUUGCCCUCAGUUUGCAUGGUUAAUUGUAACCAUGAGCAACAUCCUUGGUUGUAGUAUGCUGCCUCUAACCAUGCUCUGCUGGUUUCUGUUUGAAUUGGUUUUGAGAUUUUUAGCUGCAGCACGUCCUUUUUUUGCGCCUUCUGAAUUUUAUGAGCUUGGCAACGUAACUCCUCGAAUCUACUUCCCCCCCCCCUUUAAAGUUUGGUUUUGCAUUGGUUUGCUUAUCCUUGCGUCAUUCCAUUUGAGGUUGUUGUGCUCGAGGAAUGUGCUCCUCUUUGCGUGACUGGCGUGUUGUGCUGCUGCUGAAAAAAAUAUUUUUUGACACGUGUGAUUGGCUGUCUCUCUUGAGCAGCAGCAGCGUCAACAGAAAGGAAAUGCAGCCCUGCCAGCAGGGCUCCAUGAGGGUGGACCACCGCCGGCCCGUGUCCACCGACAGCCUGUUCAGGGACAUGUACGAUGACUCUGAGGAUGAGGACGAUGAGGUGGGCUAUGCUGACCCCAUCCAAGAUGAUCUGUACUCCCGCAAGAUGGGCAUCAAACCACAGCCUGCUGCCAAAGAAUCUUAUGACAAGUUCUUACCGAAGUUCUGGACGCCUGAAGAGGAAGUUCACAUACAGAAGAUCAAACUAGGCUCUCAGAGGAGACCGUGGUACAAGAAGAUGCAAGGCUUCAGCUAUAAGAAGUCGGGCUCUUCGUCAGAUGAUUCAGACAGUGACAUCAGUCCUUGGCUCUCCUCUGCCCCCUCUCCCUCCGGCCCCUCUCCCUCUCACCCCCACACACACAAGGCCCCGGCUCACACCACCCUCGUUGUGGGGAAAAGUCCUCAUACCCAAGCACACACUCUCCCACAGCUCCCCAAGAUACAGCCCCCUCUGUUAGAGACACCCCCUCUGGUGUUUGCCCCAGUGGACCCCACCUCGGGUCCCAAACUGGUCAAAUGUGAGAGGUGGCCCCUCCUGGGGCGCCAGGAUCCCCGGGAGCCCCCAGACCCCUUUGAUUAUGAGAGCAUUACCCCUGACUUGGAGAAUGAUGACAUGUUUGCCAGGCGAACCCUGGCCUUCCAGUCCAACACAGACUUGGCCAUGAUGAAGACUCAGCUGCCCACCAAACGUCGUCUCUACACGUCUGAGCCGCAACUCAACAUCAUCACCCAGCGACGCGCUGGGGGCAACACCGAGGAGGAAGAAUACCCUGAUAUCGAGGAGGAUGAUGUGGUUUAUCGUAAGGAGAAAACCCAGCAGGCUCAGCGGCCGCUCUCUGGAGCCCCUGACAACUACUCGCCUAUGCCCAUCCCAGAGCCGUGGGCUCUGCCUCCUGAUCUCAAGGCCAGACUCCUGUGCCCCCCAUGUCCUCUGACGCAGGAGGCAGCAGCAAACAAACAGAAUCGGGCUGAGAGCGAGACGCAUCCUCAAACAGAUGACAUGCUAAUCCGGAAAUAUGGAGUUUGCUCUGAUCAGAGCUCAAAGAGAGCCAAUCAGAUGACGCCCUCGGUGCCUUCGUCCUGUAGCGAAAAUGACCUGCAGAAAUGGCAGGCUAUCAGGGAAGCCAGUCGGCUAAGAUAUAAGAAGAAGCUCAUGGUGGAGAGGCUGGCGGCUCUGAAGCUGUAGAAGCAGAUUACUGUAACAGUGCCUGUUAGUUUCUCAUGACUUUGUGACUGUGAAAACUCAUUUCGGUCUUGGAAUAUUUUGUGUCUGAUGGUGAAGUGGUCUCGACUGCAUGUUGAUCCAACUUGUAAAUGAUUGGUCUUAAGGCCGUCACAGACAUAGAUGGGGGUUCUUUAUGAGAGCUGAUCGGUGCCUUCAGUAUUUAAUGGGUCAGUCACACGAACCACAAUAAAGGAGCUCAGAACUUUUUUCUGUUCUUUGUUACCUCAAAAAUGACGGUCUUUUCCACUCAGAAACUGUAAAGAAAGUCCUUAUGAAAUUGUUUCAAUAGGGCCACUGAUUAUGGUUUUCUGCAUGAUGGCAAUAUGGUUAAUUUACUCCAGCAACACAUAGUAUGUACAUGCUGAGUGGACGACGAGACUGUACGUUGAACCUACUGCUACUGUGUUUUUGAAGUGUGAUUUUUGAACAACACAAAUCUCCGACAUGGUACAUCAGACCCAAAUCUUUCAUUCGAUCUUUGGUUUUGUUUUGCUAUCAGACAGAGUUUGCCUGUGAGUGGAAAUAUAUACAAGCUCAAUAAAGGAAAUAAGAGACUUCA